AGAAAUUCUCAAUCAGUUCUAUUAAUGAAAUUUGUCGUUAAUCGAGUUUAUGUAGUUUAUGUAGGACGUAUUUGGUGGAUACUCAUUAAGAUUAUUAUCUUGGAUAUUUUGAAUAUUAGAGGUUGA